AUGUGGAGCACCGACCCGCAGGAAAUUGUCGGCUCGUCCUGUGAAUUCGCCAACAUCGCACAGGGCGGCACAGGCUCGCCAGCCGCUGCGAACCCCUACAUCGCAUCCGGACGCUACUGCGCCGUCGACGCGGAGCUCUACGGCGGUGCAGUGGCGUGCGGGCGCUGCUACAGGAUCACAUUCAACGGAGCAGAGACGACGGAGACCACUGGCUGCAACCGGCCUGGUGCGGCGGUCGUGAUGGUGGUCGAUUCGGGCUCAGCUGCGGAGUUCGAUUGCCACCUGCCCGUAUUCCGGGACAUAUCAGGUUGCGCGACGGGCGUGAUGGGCAUCCAAUUCGAGCAGGUCGCGUGUCAAGGGGCCGGCCCGCCGACGGCAACCAUCCUCGACGGUGGCAAUGCCUAUUUUGUCAAGGUCCUCUUCUCCGGGCUCGAACGUGGCGUCGACGCAGCCACCAUCACGGUCGGUGGCAACGCUCCUGUGAUGAUGAGCCGCAACGGUGGCCCCUUCCAGGCCUCCACCCAAGGGCUGACGGGCGUGCCUGUCGGCUUCACGCUCACGCUGGACGACGGCUCGACGCUAGAGCUCGCAAACUGCUUCGGAAAUUGGCCACAGACGACGGGCGCCUCGUGCGGCUUCACCGCAGCCCACAACGCUGUCCGGUGCCUCCAUCCGGGCACCCCCGACCUCGUCUGGGACGACUGCCUCGGCCGCUGCGCGCAGGACUGGGCGGACCACCUCGCGCUCACCGACUCGUUUGCUCACUCUCCGAGCGGGCGGUGCUCGGAGUGCAGCUUGGGCUACGUAGGCGAGAACCUUGGCUCGGGCCAGUUCAGCGUGGACGGUUUUAUGGACAUGUACUGGAACGAAGAAGUGCAUUGGAACUAUGCGACCAGCACCGGCACGGGUGGAGGCGCCACAGGGCACUUCACGCAAAUCGUUUGGAAGGCCACCACCAAGCUGGGCUGUGGCACCAAUUCGCGGAAAUGGGUCUGCGUAUACGCCACCGGCGGCAACUACAACAACGCGUACGCGACCAACGUUCUGGAAAGGGACGAGAGCCGCCGUGAGCUCUGUGACCCGUGCCACUUUGGCCACAGCAAGGGCAGCCAGGCAUGCACAGGGGUGAACGUAGAGUGGUAUCGUGAGCUGGGCAUCUGUGACCGGGUGAGCGAGACCUGCAUCUGCAAGAGCGGCAACGCCGGCACCGGCACCCAGAGCUGUGCUUCCGGUGGCGGCGGCACGGGAGGCUUCACCUCAUACACCGAAGAGCCUGCGUGCAACAGCGGGUGGCCCGCGGCAGCUCAUGGCAGCAACGGUGGCUUCAGCACAAACGGCGGCGGCUACAACGGUGGCGGCUGA